AUGGAUAAGGGUUGGAUGUUCCUGGCUGAUAGAUGGUGUGAUGAAUAUAGGAAUGGGCUAGAGAAAUUUUUGACAAUGGCAAAACAGCACAAAGGUGAUAAACCAAAGGUUAGAUGUCCAUGCAGAAAAUGCAGAAAUGUGAAGUACUACUCUGUUCAUGUUGUUGAGAGUUAUCUGCUAUAUAAGGGGAUGGAUAGUACUUACACAUAUUGGAAAUUUCAUGGGGAAACUCUGCCUAAUGAAAAUUCAAAUGUUCAUUCAUGUUGUGAUAAUGAGCAUGAAAUUAAUGCUAACAAUGCAGAAGUAAAUGAUGACGAAAUGCAAGAAAUUUUAGAAGACAUCUAUUGGGGGACCUUUAAUGAAGAAGAAUUAAAUGGUGGGAGCAAUAAGGAGGUUUCUUUUAGAAAAGAAGAUGAGUUAGAAAAAUUUAAUAGAUUAUUUAAAGAUGCUAAGCGGGCCUUAUAUCCUAGCUGCAAAAAGUAUUCAAUAUUACUUUUUGUUGUAAAAUUGCUACACUUGAAGGUACUCAAUCGAUGGAGUAAUAAAUCUUUUACCAUGCUUCUUCAACUAUUGAAGGAUUCCUACCCUAAUGAUAACUUACUUCCAUCCUCCUACUACGAUUCAAGAAAGUUAUUGGGGGGCAUUGGGUUGCGAUGUGACCUGAUUCAUGCAUGCAAGAAUGACUGUAUUCUCUUUUGGAAGGAAUAUAAAGGAUUGGAUCAUUGUCCAAAAUGCUUGCAAUCUAGAUGGAAAAUAAAUGAUGGCAAAGGUAAAAAAGUUCCUCAGAAGAUUCUUCGCUACUUUCCUUUGAAGCCAAGACUGCAGAGACUAUUUAUAUCAAGAAAAAUAGCAUCUUAUAUGAGAUGGCACAAGGAAAAACGAGUUGAAGAAAUAGGGGUCUUAAGUCAUCCAGCAGAUGGUGAAUCAUGGAAAGAGUUUGAUAAGAAAUUUCCAUGGUUUGCUGAAGAUGCUCGAAAUGUUCGUCUUGCAUUGUCAAGUGAUGGUUUCAACCCUUUCAAUAAUAUGUGUAACUCCUAUAGUAUGUGGCCAGUGGUGCUCAUAAACUAUAAUAUGCCACCUUGGGUAUCAAAAAGGGAGCCUUAUUUCUUCUUGUCACUACUUAUUCUAGGUCGUCGGUCACCGGGAAAGGAUAUUGACGUGUUUUUGCAACCUUUGAUUGAUGAACUGUUAGAAUUGUUCAAAGAUGUUUGGACAUAUGAUUCUGUGACUGAACAAUGCUUUCUUCUGCAUGCAGCACUUAUGUGGACUAUAAAUGACUUUCCGGCUUAUGGGGACUUAUCUGGUUGGGUGAACAAGGGAAAAAUGGCAUGCCCUUGCUGCAAUGAUAAAACGGACUAUCAGCCAUUGAGAAACAAGAUUGGUUACUUGGGCCACCAUCGCUUUUUGCUUGAUAAUCAUGUGUGGCGAAAUGAUGGCAAAAAAUUUAAUGACAGGGUAGAGAGAAGGUUGAAACCACGGGAAUUGUCAGCUGAAGAAAUUCUUGAACAAUUAAAAGUUGUUGAGGGUGUAACACUUGGAAAAAAUCUAAAUACUAAGAAAAGGAAGCGCAAUCUUGAAGAAAGAAACUGGACUAAGAAGAGCAUAUUUUACCAAUUACCGUAUUGGAAAGAUAUUCCACUAAAACACAACAUUGAUGUUAUGCACACUGCUAAGAACUGGUGUGAUAAUAUUAUGGGAACUUUGCUUAACUUAGAAAACAAGUCAAAGGAUACAGAUAAAGCUUGGCGGGAUUUGGAGGACAUGGACAUUCGGCAUGAGCUACAAUUACAUCGAAGAAAUGGCAAGCUUGAAAAGCCACAAGCAUGCUAUAAUCUGUUACCAAAAGAGCGACAAGGUUUUUGUGAAUUUUUGAGUUCAGUGAAGUAUCCUGAUGGCUAUGCAGCUAAUAUAUCAAGAUGUGUCAACAUAAAAGAUGGUAAGAUAUCAGGAUUAAAGAGCCAUGAUUGUCACAUUCUUUUGCAACGAAUGCUUCCUGUCGGAUUGCGCGGAUUCUUGUCAACAGAUGUGUAUACUUUAAUAUGUGAAGUAGCCAAGUUCUUUCAAGAUCUGUGUUCAAAAAAGCUUAGAUUGGAAGAGAUUGAGAAAUUAGAAAAGAACAUAGUAAUGAUAUUGUGCAAGUUGGAAAUGAUUUUUCCACCAGUUUUUUCGAUAUUAUGA